AUGGCUCAUGGGAUAGAUCUCAAUGCAAUUCAGGAUGACUAUUUCAGAAACUGGAAUCCCAACAAGCCCUUCGACCAAGCCCUGGACCCAUCCAAGGACCCUUGCCUGAAGGUGAAAUGCAGCCCUCACAAAGUGUGUGUGACCCAGGACUACCAGACAGCCCUGUGUGUCAGUCGCAAGCACCUGCUGCCCAGGCAAAAGAAGGGGAAUGUGGCUCACAAACACUGGGUUGGACCUUCAAAUUUGGUUAAGUGCAAGCCCUGCCCUGUGGCACAGUCAGCGAUGGUCUGCGGAUCUGAUGGCCACACAUACACGUCCAAGUGCAAGUUGGAAUUCCAUGCUUGUUCUACAGGCAAGAGCCUCAGCUCCCUCUGCGAUGGGCCCUGUCCGUGUCUGCCUGAGCCCGAGCCACCGAAACCCAAGGCAGAAAAGAGUGCCUGCACAGACAAGGAGCUGAGGAACCUCGCUUCCCGCCUGAAGGACUGGUUCGGGGCUCUUCAUGAGGAUGCCAACAGAGUCAUCAAGCCUACCAGCUCUGAUACAGCCCAAGGCAGAUUUGACACCAGCAUCCUGCCCAUUUGCAAGGACUCCCUGGGCUGGAUGUUCAACAAGUUGGACAUGAACUAUGACCUCUUGCUGGACCACUCGGAAAUCAACGCCAUCUACCUAGACAAGUAUGAGCCCUGCAUCAAGCCUCUCUUCAACUCCUGUGACUCCUUCAAGGACGGCAAACUCUCUAACAAUGAGUGGUGCUACUGCUUCCAGAAGCCAGGAGGUCUCCCUUGCCAGAAUGAAAUGAACAGAAUUCAGAAGCUGAGCAAGGGGAAAAGCCUGUUGGGGGCAUUCAUACCUCGGUGUAACGAGGAGGGCUACUACAAAGCCACACAGUGUCAUGGCAGCACGGGGCAGUGCUGGUGUGUGGAUAAAUAUGGGAACGAGCUUGCUGGCUCCAGGAAACAGGGCACUGUGAGCUGCGAAGAGGAGCAGGAAACCUCGGGAGACUUUGGCAGCGGUGGCUCCGUGGUCCUGCUGGAUGAUCUGGAAGACGAGCGGGAGCUGGCACCAAAUGACCAAGAGGGGAAGCUGAGGGUGCAUACUCGGGCUGUGAGGGAAGAUGAUGAGGACGAAGACGAUGACAAAGAAGAUGAGGUUGGGUACAUAUGGUAGUGCCCACGAGGAAGAGGACACACUUUUGGCACAGAUUUGCAAGUCGCUUCCUUUGCCUGCAUUUGUAUCUAAGACUCUGAGGCCAGCAGGCCUCUUCUCCGCUGUUGCUCUCUGUACCAGGGCUAAGGUUUGGAAGACCCCUUCCCAGAGCGUUCUGAAUUUGCAAACAGUUGUGUGGGAGAAAGGAUGUUGUUUUUGUUUCUUGUUUUUGUUUUCAUCGGAUGAGAGAAUGGCUGGCUUAAGAAAAGCCUCCUUCCCUCCUGUAAGGUUUUUGCAACUAGCAUGUGAUUUAUGUGGAAUCCAACAGUGCGGGGAGCCCCACCCUCUCAAACGUCAACGACCCUCUGAUCACCCACACCAGUGGUUAUUACAGCAUGGUUCCCAGCCUUA